UUAACUUCGCAGAUAGAUAAUGAUUCAGUGUUUCAGUUUUAUCCAGACCGAAAAAGCUGAUGAUGAAGUCUCAAAUCUUCACGGCACUAUUGCUGGUCGCGCUGGCCGUUGGCGCCCCUGUAUCCGAAGAAGAUGAUGAAAAGGUCACUGUUACCAAAAAUUUUUUUCCCGACUUCCUAAUAAAGUACACCAGCAAACAUGACAUUGUAAAAAUUAUUGUUCCUAUAAAUUCGCUUAAUUUCGACGAAAACUCGUCUGAAUCUGAGUCGAAUUCCAAGGAGACUGAUUCUGAAGUAACCAUUUUCUUUGUCGAGGCCGACGUUGAUGAAAACGGCAAGCGUGAUUACAAAGGUCUUUAUGUCCUAAAGGAAGGAAAAUCCAAAAUGAUCUUGGCAAAUGGAGUAGACGCUGCUGCAUCUUGUGAUGACAGCAAGAAAGUUUAUUUAGCAGCCACCGAUGGAUUGUAUACUUACAAAGAUGAUGAUAAAACAGCAGUAAAAUACGGAUCCCUCACAGAUAAUAUUAAAGGAAUCGCAAAAGAGAAAUCGGGUGAUGUUUUAUAUAUACUAACUGACGAUAAUAAUGUCUACAAUGUUACUAACAAUGGUAAUUCAAAGGUAAAGGUUGACGGUAUAGAAAAUGCCCAACAAAUUGUAUUGGACUAUUCCGAUAAUCUGUACUACUAUACUCCUGACAAGAAAAUUCAUGUUAAAACAGCUGAUGGCAUUACAGAAAUAACUGGACUACCCGCAAACCCGACGAAAGUAAACAUAAUAAGACCACCAUUCAUAAUUGAAGAUGGAUUGCCAAUCCUAAUCGACAAUGUAGCUUACAUUGCCUAUUCCAACGGCACUUCUGAAAACAGUGAUUUCGAUUUUGAAGCAGAUGCGAUACCCACAGCUUUCGGCAUGGAGCCUGCUUUAAUACAAUAUUAUGCCUACAAUAAAAACAUAUAUGAAUAUAACAUUUUAGCUAUGGUUUUGGGCGAAAUUUUGGAUGAACUUAAGACGUUUUUGAGUGGUAAAACUGAUUCUAUUCAAUCUAUUGCAACUCGCAAAAAAAAUAAAGUAUGAACUUGUUCGACCAUAAAUUGACUUCAAAAGCCUUUUUUCAAUUUGGUUUUAAAUAUUAAAACAGUUUUAUUAAAUA